UCCUGCUGGAGCCGUCGAGGGGGACGCUUGUCCCGCGGUGCCGGUGUGCGCGGUCCGCUCGGCGCCCGGCCAUGCUGGUGUGGCUGCACGCACCGCGGGGGUCAGCGCUGCCCGCCCGCCUCCGGCCGCCCGCCCGCCGAUAAGCAAAGCCAUGACCGCAGCGCCCCAGAGGCCAGAUCUCAGUUUUCUGAACGAGGAGGAAGCCAGGGCGAUUUUCCAGGUGCUACAACGGGACGCGGAGCUCCGGCGGGCAGAGAAGGACAGAGUCAGCAAACUUCUGAAGAGAAAGAAGUCUGAAAAAGGGCUGCAGGGAGUGACUGGAGAAUGGUUUGAAGAAAUAAAAAGAAGAAAAUUUCAGAAUUACAUUGAUGUCAAUAGAAUGUUAAAACCACCAUUAGAGCAUCAGAUAAGGAAGAGCAAAAACACCCUUAGUCAUUAUAAACCAGCAUGUCACAWAGUCUGUCCAAAAAUGUCAAAACUGGAUUUUCCUGACAUAAAAGAUCAUAAAGAAAUAAAAAUGUCUUCCCGCACAAACCCUCAAACACAAAAGARCACUUCAGCCUCCUUUCUGGGGUUCAGAUCACCUUUUGCUUGGCUUUCCUCCUUUAGAAAAUCAAGGAAAACGCAGWCUCAGAAGCAACCACGAUAUGACAGUUCKGCUAGCCCAGCCUCAAAAGUGGAAGAAAUGGCAACAGCUGAAAUAUGUAAUUCCCCAAUGUCAACUGAAACAAGUGCUCAUUCUUUUGAUACAAACCAAAAUGAAACGAUGGAGAAAAGUACACUGGAAUGGAAUGAACAGCUAGAGAAGGAGAUUUUCAGUGUUCUAAGUGAUCUGGAUGACCAGCUGGCCCAGGAACAAGCCCAAGAUCCUUUGGACUGGACAGUUUCUACAAGUAGUACAACAUCAAAUGUCCAAAGCAGUAGUGCAUUCCCUACUUCAAAGAGGCAGUCUGCUAGUAGGGGGCAGCAGAGAAAUGACUGGAUUGACAGGCCUAGCACAUUUUUCCAAGAUGGGCUGAGAACGCUAAGGGCCAAAGAUGAACACAAGAUUUUCAUCAGACCAAGGAAGUUACACAGUGCAUAUAUAAACUGGCAGACAGCCUUUCAAGAUGAUUGCAAUUACGGUGAUGCAGUCGAUGGAAAUCCUCACUUGCGCCGUCGGAGGGUCUCUUCCGUUUCUUUUGGACGUUCUUCAGAAGGGAGCUUAUAUCCCCCUUCCGUAACACAGAACAGCGGGUUUAGGCACAAGAGUUGUAUGAACAGGGAUACAGCCGGCAGAAGUUACUCUGUAUGUUCCCUUGGGAGAUGUCCAUCAUCAGUAUCUUCUGGUCACCUGUCAGCAUCUCGUUCACAGCAUCCAUUGGCAAGGGAGAGCAAGAAUGGUUUUGUACCAAGGUUUGGUCGACAGAACCCAAAGAGAAUUCCUCUAUCUUCCAUUGUAUGGAACAAUACACCGGACUCUUCUGAACAAACAGAGAAAAUGUUUAGAACUCAAUCACUGAUGGAGUUUCAUGCUACAGACCAUGGUAGAUAUCCCAGCUCUUUACAAGAAACCAAGAAAUACCCAAGUUACCACUCAAAACACCAUUACAGAAGAUCUAUUUCAAGCAGUAAUUGCUUUAGUAGAGUUAGUUGCACUGACAAAUCUAAUUCUCUGUUGCCCUUUGAUAACUGGGAAAACUAUCCUUUAUACAAAUCAGAAAAUAACCUUUCAAGAUCCUACUAUAGAGAUACCUCUUCUCAUGGCAAAUUGUAUGCAAACAAAAAAAAUUCCUCUUAUGGCAGAAAAGACAGCUAUGCUUCUUGGGCUGAUAUUCCUCCGUGUUACAGUGAUGAAGUGUUUAUUUCCCCUGAUGCCAGCUUUGAAGAAUUUAUGGCUAAUUUAAAUGACCAGCAGUGGGCACAUACAAAGAAUGUGAAGUUUGGUUCACAGCGCCUGCAGAAUGAUUUUCACGCGUUCUCUCCAGAAAAUACGAGUAUCAAAAGGAUUACAAGAAGUGCAAACAGAACUUUUUCAGAAUUCACUGAGGGCUCUCAACCUUGGGUUAGUUGUAACUCUUCAGUUUCUUCAUCUCGUAUCAGAACUGAUGAAUCAGUCUUUCCUAAUUCAAUGGACCUAACAAAGCCUAAAGGACUGAACAGGAAUUCAGUUGUCAUUACCCAAAGAAGUACUAAGGCAGACUUUACACACCUGGAAAAGGCUGAAGCUAUGAAACAGCCAGAUGAAGACAUGCUGUUAGAGUCAGCUCCUCAACAAGCAGAUAAAAGCUACAUCAACGCCCGGAGUUUUUCCUCUAACAGCCCUGCUUCUGCUGUGUGGCAAAGAGAUGUGUCUCUCUUUAACACAGUGGCAUCAAAGAGACAAACCCAAGCCACUGCCAGAGGACGUAACACAAAAAUUUAUACAUCAAAUGGUGAUAAAAGAAAUGCAGAAAUGAAGGAAAAUGAUUGCCCACCCAACAGUGUGUUCAGUCAGCCUCCCGGUGUUUUGCCAGCUGAUGAGAGCAGGAAGGAACCUUUUCUUCCAAAUCAGAAAGAAUGGGAAUAUARUCUGCAUUAUGCAGCACAAAGAGAGAGCUUUGCAGAAGUCCUUAACCAAGCUACUCCAAAGAGACAGUCCUGUCCUCCUGAGUGUUCAUCUAACUUCUCACAAAGCUCUCCACAAGCACUUUCUCAUAAAGACAAUUCUAAAUGCUUAGGAGUACURACUAGCUCUUCAGUAAAUUGCRCAGUUACUGAAGCUCAAGCAGAAGSGGGGAAAACAGCUCAAAUGAGCAGAACAGGUGUUAGCAAAGAGAUUUCACAGAAAMCACUGCAAAAUGCAAGCACUUUAGUUACUAAGGACUGUAAUGAGCAAUUCAUUGCUAGUUCUCUGCAAAAUGAAAAUUCUGRAAAUAUUUCUAUGCAUAGCUUUGAUGGAGACCCCAAUACCUCUGAGAAUAAUUUAAGUUAUUUUUGCCUUGAAAAAGGAAUGGGAAAAAUGAUGAGUACUUCACCUUAUAUGAGAAGGUUUCACAAGCAAGACAGUUCACCAAGACAUAUGAGUAGCUGCAGUAUUACUGGCUCCCCRGGCAGAAACAGCUCCAAAUCUUCUGACCCCCAUGUUAUUUAUUACACUUUGCCUAGAAAAUCAGCUAGCAUUGCUGGUAGUAUUAUGUCUGAUACGCCCAUCUCUUUACCUAGAGAAACUCAACAUAGAGCUGACACCUUUUAUUCUAAUCAAAGAGAUGUGUCUUGUUUAGACUCAAAAUGUUCCUUUUCAACAUCAGCAUCAUUAAAUGCUGCUACAGGUAACAAAGAUUAUGCCAGUCCUUUAAACAAAAGUGUCAAUGAUUCAGUAAGUAGUAGUACAUCAGUUGAUCUGMCAGACAGAUGUAAAAAACUAACCAGAAGGGAAUCCUCUGUGUUUUCAGAUUAUAAGGAGGGGGGAAAUUUUUUGCAGAAAUAUAAAACCACAAGCACAUUUACAGUUUGUGUUGAUGAAGAUCAUGUCAAGUAUCAUGAGUUAGUUUCCAUUUAUUACACGCUACCRCGGAGGCAUUCAAAAACAUUUUGUAGCCUCUUUAGAGAUAAUCCAGAGGAUGCAGAUUUACCUUGUCCCGAAGAAAAUGCUCAGUCACCAAGGAUACAGAACAAGAAAAAUGAUGAUCCUGUGAGUUUAGCAAAUAGUUUUUUCCCUACUACUUCCAAAAAAAAGGUGCCUUCAUAUUCUUCUGACCAAGUAUCUUCAGCUCUGGUCAUACCUCAGAACUUAAGAACUGCUGUUGAUACUCAAGAAGAGAAUUGUCACUUACCCCCUAGCUUGGAGAAGUCAGUGAGUGUGGCACCUAACAAGGAAGACAAUUUAGCAUCUCUUUCAUUAGCAGAAAAUGUGCUUUCUGAUGUGGUGACAAAAGAAACUUCUUUUGGUGGUGCACAAUCCACUGGAGCAGAGGCUAAGUCAGGUAAGGCCACUUCUGAUGCUUCAAGCAGCCAAAAGACAUACAUACAUCUAAAAGAAAAGAAGGAAAUUUUUCAAAGAGCCACACCACUAGUGUCCAUUUUAUCAACCCCUCCCAAGCCAGGUAGGCACUUAGAGAAUCCUUUAUAUUCUACUUCAACAAAUAAAAAUAUUAUACAGAAGGGAAGCUCAGAAAGUAGCUCUCAGCCCCCAAAGGUGAACAACAAGAAAAAUCUGAACAGUUUACUCCUCUGCUCAGGAGAGAAGAGUUCCCUUGGAAGGAAUGGUAACACUGAGCAUGCUGAUGUGCCACUUAGUCAUGUGAAGGACAUGCACAGGGAUAGUACCCAAGUCAAACAGAGAGCAAAUUUCCUACACCAAACCACCCCUCUGUGUAAUAAUAAAUUUAGUGGACUGCAAUUAAGRGCUGACAGUACAAGAAAAAAAGAAAAUGUUUUAAACUUUUGUAGCAAAGUGCUUCCAGAGUCUCAGAGCAAAGCAUCUGAGGUAAGCAAAGCUUCCAUUGCUGAUCCAUUACUCCAGGUAGACAAAGUGGCUAGCACAGACACAAAUGUAGAAAAGAAUUCAAAAAUUAAAAAAGAGCAAAACGCACAGAGUACUCCUAUAGGUAAACUUUACAGCAUUUUUCGGGAAUCAGAGAGGCRCAGUGAAGGCAACCUGAACACUAAAGUCUCCAGGGUUACACAAGAUGAGAAGAUAACACAGAGUGCAGAAGAUGAGAACAAGCUUCUCUCUGACUGCACAAGAGACAAAGUCAAAGAUAUAGAAAAAAGGAAAAACAGACCUUCRAUUAAAAAUAAACUGGCAGCUGUUUACAAAACAAGUCGCAAAUUUUCUAGUAAAAAUUUACCCCCCAAACCACACAUAAGUAACAUUUUUUCACAGAAUGAUGGAAGUGCCACUUUAGAGGACAAUGUGUCCCUUGACUCGUUGAUUUCAGUGGAUUCUCACCAGCCAUUCCUGCAGCWGGACAAUGAAAAUCAGAAUCACAAUCUGAACUCUGAUCAGAAUACGCCAAGACCAAGAGCAGCUGAGAAUAAGAAAACUGAAAAUCAGAAUGAUCCUUCUUUGCUUGUUAACACCAAAAGGAGGCCUUUUACAAGCUCAUACACCCAGAAGGAAGCCAUCAGGCCUCAAAAAACUGCAGUGAAAGUGGAAAAUAAGCCAAGACUCACAUCCCUAUUUCCAGAUAAAGCAGUAACCACAAGAAGUAAGAAUUCCACAACCUUUGAUCUUGGGUUAGAAAGCAAAAACCAGCCCAUUGCUCCCAGUGCUACUACCUCAUACCCACUGGAUGAAGAGAAAGGAAGAGCUAGCAGUUAUGCCUGCACUCCUCUCUCGCCACUUUUAACUGACAAAAACUCAAACACCUACAUAAACAGCUGCUUGCAGGCAGACACAUGUCCAGAGCAAAACUCACCUUCCCAGACAGUGCUUGGUCAGCAUCAAAAUACCUCUCAGACUCCUGGCUUAGAAAAUGCUAACCUCAAUGGCUAUCAGUUGUGCAAGAGCCAUACGAAGAGUCAGCGUGAGCGUCACUUCUCGGAGGGCAUUUGUGCCCGAGACUCCCUUGAGACCUCUGCCUCAGGAAGCAAURUUCUACCCAAGGGUGGCAUACAUGGGAAGAGAUUUAAAUCUUACUCAGAGCUGCURUCUUGUGACGAGAAUGAAAAUUGGGCAUGCGACGAUGAGAAGUGUCAAAGCACUAGGAAUUUAAUAUAUCCAUCUGAGGAAUUUGGUAUAUUUGGCAAAGAGCAACAGCUGGCUUUCCUGGAAAAUAUCAAGAGGUCACUCACAGAAGGUCGAUUAUGGAGACCGUGUCUUCUUAAUAAUCCUGGUGCUUUCAGAGAUACAGAGAACUCUCCAACAAACAGGGCUGAGCUUCUGAGCUCAAGUUCUGCUGGGAACGAAAUGUCAUCAGCUGCUUCAUCCCCCCAAGAGCUGACUGGUAUCUACGGGGAAGACCCAGCCGCCUAUUCGGACUCAGACAGUGAUACCACCACCGAUGAUGAGUAUUACCUAGAUGAGAUAGAUAAAGAAUCAGAGCUAUGAAAGGACUGUGGCCUAAGAGGGCACAAUAGUGCGGUAGCUUCUGGGCAGGCAAAAACAUGUCAAAUACGUUGAGCCCGUUCUUGUGCUGCUGUGAAUUGGUACAACUUCCUUAGUUUCAAAGGAGUUAGUAUGUUAUAUUAGCUGAGCAUUUGACUUUUGUAUUAAAUGUGUGGCUUCACCAUUCCUGUUUCUCUUAGCAGGGAAAAACAAUGUUAAAAAAUCCCUACCCCAAAUAAUAGAAAGUUAACAGCAGUGGAGGUUUGGGCAGUCUAAGUCCAGGAAUGGCUUUCCUCUGAGUCAGCAAGCAGUAGUUAGGCUCCUGCCAGCUACGUAGUGCUGGAAUGGAUAAAAUCUAGCUUGAGCUGCUUUUUCUUACAAAACUUAACAGAAAACCAAGAAGUUACCUUGCUGAUAAUUUGCUGUUUCUCUGAUCUGCCUCAUUAUCAGGCAUGAUAAUGCUAAACCAUCCCACURAACAAAUAUCCUCACAAAAUGAAAGCUCUUAAAUUUUUACAGCGCAUUCUGUCYGAAUGUUCUUUUUCUGCAUUCCUGGGAAGCGAAGCAGCAAUGUCCCUGGUGGUGUUUGUUCUGCUGUGCUGCUGAGGCAGAUUCCACACCAGGACUUUUCAGCAUUGCAAGAGCGGUGAGCAAUGUGAGUUGCAGGAGUGUUUCUAGAGCAGGAGAAAAAGCUCAACACAGGGUACAGCACUGAAAAUCUGACCAAAAGAAAGACAGCUGAGCAUGGAAAUCUGUUUUCCAGACAUGGAAGAUUCAUAACUGUGCACAACUUUGGUUGCAGUUGACAUGAUUGGCCAGAUUUCUGGUUUAGAUUUAGAAACAGAUUAAUUUGUAUUGAUAAUCCGACACUUUUAAUAAKGCAAAAUAUGAAAAUAUUUACCUUUUUUGGUAUUUUUUGCCUGUUUCUGCUGUGACCACAGUACUUUUUGUCCUCCUAACUGAAUGGCUGUAAAUGUGUUUCAGUGUCUCUUGUUCAGCCACACUAAUGAUGUACUAGUAUUACUCAGUAGCCAAAACUUGUCCCUGGCCAUUAAAUUUCUAACUAAGCUUUGUUCUCUUUUAUGAAAAAUCAGAAGUGGCUCACUGAGCCAGAAGAUACUAUUUUAAAAUAAUUAUACAUUUUCUUCUAUUUUAUUCCUAAUUUCAUAUAUGGUCUGAAAUGAUGGUCSAUAUUUUUAAUAUGUUUUUUAAUCCAAUAAAAUUUCUGUAGGACAUAGUUAUAUUUUUCUAACUGGAAGGACAGUAUACCAGUAUUUUAAAAUAAUAUAUUUUACACAAAAGAAKCAGUGCUUGUAUCACUGACUACUCCACAAGAAACUAAAAGAUGAAAAUAUUACAGUAGGUAAGAGGUAUCCUUAUUUUUUCAUACUGUAAACUUCGUUAAAGAAGUGGGUCUGUAGUUCAAAUCUGUACUGAUAUAUAAAUAUUAUUACUUUAUGCUGGGGUAAUUUGUCUUUUGUUGUACAUAGAAGGACUAACAUAAACUGUGUAUUUAUAGCCAGAACUGAUCUCUAAAACAUGCCUGUUUCACAAGGAUAUAAGAAUAUACUGACACAGGCAAUACUGGAAGGAAAUGACUACUGUAUAAUUGCRGUCUUGUAAAGUGUGAUAUUCUAAGAAGAAAUUAUGUUUUUGUGUACAGGAUUCUGUUGUGUAAGACAAUAAAACCAGCUGAGUAUCUGUGCAGAA